CGCGGGGGGAGGCGGAGCGGGAGCCCCGCCCCGGCGGGGCCGCUGGAAAAGUUUGCGCCCUGACCGGCGGGGGCAGAGGCUGAGCAAGCCGGUCUGGGAGACACGCGACAGAAGCCCGGCGCCAAGCGCGGUGGCAGGACGCGCGGAGGGAGGCUGCGGCUCGGGAGCAUCCCGCGCCCCAGCGCAGCGCCCGUGCGAGCGGAGGCGGGGGCGCCAGGAUGCCGGCGGCGCGAGCGCCCUUCGCGGACGGAGGCGUUCAUUCGGCCCACCCUGCCGGGGCUCCGGCCUGGCUCGCGGCUGAAGCCUGAGAAAUGGACGUGCCCACGGCGCCCUCUAGUGGAUUCCGGCGCUAACCGGCUGCGCGCUUCCAGCGGUGACGAUGGUGCUCGUGCCGCGCCCCAGGCCCUACUCGUCCAACGAGACCCUGUACGAGCACUACAACUACGUGGGCAAGCUGGAGGGCAGGCUGAGGGACGCCCCCGAGGGCAGCACGCUCACCACCGUGCUGUUCUUGGUCAUCUGCAGUUUCAUUGUCCUGGAGAACCUGAUGGUUUUGAUCGCCAUCUGGAAAAACAAUAAAUUUCACAACCGCAUGUACUUUUUCAUCGGCAACCUGGCCCUCUGCGACCUGCUGGCAGGCAUAGCGUACAAGGUCAACAUUCUGAUGUCGGGCAAGAAGACGCUGAGCCUGUCUCUGACGGUCUGGUUCCUGCGGGAGGGCAGCAUGUUCGUGGCCCUGGGGGCGUCCACCUGCAGCUUGCUGGCCAUUGCUAUCGAGCGGCACCUGACCAUGGUCAAAAUGAGGCCUUACGACGCCAACAAGAAGCACCGCGUCUUCCUCCUGAUCGGGAUGUGCUGGGUCAUUGCGUUCUCGCUGGGCGCCCUGCCCAUCCUGGGCUGGAACUGCCUGCAGAACCUCCCCGACUGCUCCACCAUCCUGCCCCUCUACUCCAAGAGGUACAUCGCCUUCUGCAUCAGCAUCUUCACGGCCGUCCUGCUGACCAUCGUCAUCCUGUACGCGCGCAUCUACUUCCUGGUGAAGUCCAGCAGCCGCCGAGUGGCCAGCCCCCACAACUCGGAGCGGUCCAUGGCCCUGCUGCGGACCGUGGUGAUCGUGGUGAGCGUGUUCAUCGCCUGCUGGUCUCCGCUGUUCAUCCUCUUCCUGGUGGACGUGGCCUGCGAGGUGAAGGAGUGUGCCAUCCUGUUCGAGGCCCAGUGGUUCAUCGUGCUGGCGGUGCUCAACUCCGCCAUGAACCCGGUCAUCUACACGCUGGCCAGCAGGGAGAUGCGGCGGGCCUUCUUCUGGCUGGUCUGCGCCUGCCUGGUGCGGGGCCGGGGUGCCCGCUCCUCGCCCACCCAGCCGGCUCUCGAUCCAAGCAGGAGCAAGUCCAGCGGCAGCAACCACAGCAGCCCCUCCGCAAAGAGCAAGGAAGACCUUCCCCAGGGGGCCGCCGCGCCCUGCAUCACCGACAGGAACAAAACCCUGCAGAAUGGGAUCUUCUGUAAAUGAAGGCACUGGCCUCGAGGAACGGGGGCUCCUCGUGUGUCCACGGGAGAAGCGGCAGCCGGUCCUGCAGCCACGUCCUUACGGAUCGCAUGCCUCACCCACGGGGCCCCUUCCAGAGCUGUGGCUCAGGAAAUCUGCUGACAGCCU